GUUUUUUACUGUGGUGGUGAGAGUGUACAGUAUCUAUAGCAUUACCACUUGGAUGCCCUCCAACAGGCACGCAUCAUAUCAUGGGUGUGCCUGCGCCCCUUUACCACACACCAUAAAGAGCUCAAUUUUCCCCUCCCCGGGGCAUUCAACUUUCAGCAAAAAUGAGUCUCACCGAGAAGGACAAAGCCGCAGUCAGGAACUUCUGGGCUCUGGCCUCUAAAAGGGCUGACCUUAUCGGGAGCGAAGCUCUGUCCAGGAUGAUCUACGUAUACCCUCAGACCAAGACCUACUUCUCCCACUGGAAGGAUUUGAGCCUCGGAUCCGCUCCCAUCAAGAAGCACGGCAAGGUCGUCAUGGCUGGCGUCGGCGAUGCCAUCGGCAAAAUCGACAACUUGACUGCCGGUCUGCUGAGCCUUAGCGAGUUGCACGCCUUCACCUUGAGAGUGGACCCUAGCAAUUUCAAGGUUCUGGGCCACUGCAUCCUUGUGGUGAUGGCCAUGCUGUACCCCGGCGAAUUCACCCCAGAGGUCCAUGUCAGCAUGGACAAGUUCCUGGCUGCUCUGACGCUCGCUAUUAGUGACAAGUACAGAUGAACAGCAUGAACCCCAUCAGAGGAGCAACCAUGUCGAUAGGAUUGUAUUCCAUUUCCUCAGUCUGUUGUGCUCAAAUGUAAUAAAAGAUCAAAAGAAA